CGUAAAUAUUAGUGAAGAGUGAGAAUUGCUUCGUAUACAUUCAGUUUCGUCCAGAACUGUAUUACUCCCCAUCCCCGAAUCAAUGGGCAUAUGCCAUUAUCACACCACCGCAUCUUAGGAUUGUCUCAUCAGGCGGCGAGGGAAAAGCAUAAUCCUACCCCGCACCCAACCAACCGCAACAACCAGGCAGCAGGCGUCAAUAUCUGCUGCGCUUCCAGCUCAAAGCGUUUAUAGGAUCGUUCAACCUUCUAUCGAGCCUCCCUCUCUUUUCGCUUGCAAUUCUCACGGAACCCCUUACGCACCGAUAAUUACUCAACAUGCCGGUAACCACUCGAGCAGCACCAGUCGAGGUCAAAUUUGCUCCUGAAUUGAAGGGACUCAAUGCAACCUCAAUUCUGCAAGCUUCAUGCCCAAAUCAAUGGGACACGAGUAGCUCUCUCCUAGACUCGUCGUUCGGAAACAACGAAGCUAUCCAAGCUAACCAGAAUGGGUUUGUCAAAACUGUGUUGGAUGCCUAUCUUCAGCACAAUCACUUGGUCCUUCGCCCGGAAGACGUCUGGUUCGCCAUCCUCAUCCAAUUCAACUUCUACGUGAACAAACACUCUGAGAAGCUCCGAAAGUUUUUCGUGGAGCAUCAAGGCAAGAAGAAGUUAGAGAUUUUGCAGACCCCGCCCAUGGACCUCGCAGCCUUUGCUCUAGCUAUGACUGGGCUCAUCGCGGCAAACAUCAAGGAUCCUGCCUUGAGGGAGUGGAUCAUGCCCUCAUUCUCAACCACAACGAAUACAGACAAAGUAACCGCAGCCAUCAUCAUGAUGGGAACUAUGCAGAAGUACUUUGCUUUCUUCCUCGGCAUUACGUGUGGCAUCCCGUCGGUAACUCUUAUGGGUGAGAGGGAGGAUUGGGAAAAUAUUAUGGACCGUAUUGACUUUCUUUGUAAGUUUGGCGACGAACACGAAGAGCUCCUUCUGUGGAACUCGGUGCUGAAGUCCGUUGUGUCACGCUUCGUGCAGACAUUUGAUGCACCCGACUCUCCUGAAGUCGUCCAGUUCUGGCAGAAAACUGUCCACCAGCACACGAACAGUUACUCUGGAGAGAAGCAAAUCACGGGUUGGAUCCUAGCAUUCUGCUUCUGGGAGACUGAGGGAAAUCCCCUUAUUGCACGGGCUAUCGGGCGGCGUAGUCCACCAUGGCGCGAAGGAGUCAAGAGUGAUGGACUAGAGUACUGGCUUGAAAACAACCGAUUGGGACAACUCGAUUGGAAUGACGUCCCUGCCGGUUAUGCACACGUUCCUGUGCAUAUCAAAGAAUACGGCUCGGGCGAAAAGUAUCUGACUACCGCGAUUGCUGGAUCUGUGGGGUGGAGAGUACUGGAUAGCGACCUCAUUUUUGCAGAGACUCGAGGAGAAAACAAGGCAAAGGCGAAGGCCCGUCCCAGACAACCCCGGCUCCCAAUCUUACAAUUAGGAAGGCAGGGUAAUACCUCGGGUCCCUCAACAUACACAGGAUCUACCCUGAAGGAAGACACAAAAAGGUCUGGCAUUCUGAGCAAGAUCCAGAAAGUCUUCUGCUUCAAACCUAAGGACGAGGAUAACUCCGGAGAAAAUACUGCUCCUUCUAAGCUGACUCCUAUUAAUGCAGCGCCAGCUAAGGUCGAUCAACCUCAAAAGGAAGAGAGCUAUUUCCAGCGUAUGUUUCUUGAAGAGAGGAUGGACAUAGUUCCGCAAAUCUCGGACCUUAGUGAACUUAGUCAACCAUGGGAGUACGAGGCUGGAGGCAAGAGAGAUACACUCCAGCCGGUAACAGGCUGGUGGGUUGUUAAAUCAAAAGCUGGCGUGUAUGGUAAAGAUCCAGAUUGCCCAGAUAUUCAGUUUGAUUCUGACGCGGAGGACUAUAAUGAUGAUCUGGCCAGAAAUGGCAGGCCGUUAUACUGAUAUAAAGGAGGAAGGGUCGAAAAACGCGCUACGGUUCUGUGGAUUGACAUCUUUAUUUAGUAGCUGAGGCAAUCAAUGAUCCAGAUCUUUCGAGGUAGAAUGUUACAGCUCAAGUUGUGUGGAACGAUUAGAGUUGUGGAAAUGAUCCAGUGGCGCUAAUCUUCGG